AUGCAAGAUAUCACUUUCAAAGGCUGGGUCAGCACUUCGGCAACCUCACCUUUGACAUUCACCACCUACGAACCCAAGAAUUUCUCUGGGAGUGAUGUUGAUAUUGCCAUCUCUCACUGUGGUAUCUGUGGCUCCGACAUUCAUACCCUCCGCUCUGGAUGGGGACCGACGAAUUAUCCUUGUGUGGUUGGACACGAGAUUAUAGGGCAUAUUAUCCGAGUUGGCUCCGACGUGGCUAAGCUUGAUUCCCCUUCUCGAGAGCUAAAGGUCGGAGACCGGGUUGGUGUUGGUGCGCAGUCAGGUUCGUGUCUUCGUGUAGAUUGCGAAGAAUGCUCGUCUGGCCUGGAUAAUUACUGCCAGCGUAUGACCGGAACGUAUAACGGGAAAUAUCCUGAUGGAAGCAAAUCAUACGGUGGCUAUGCUAACUACUGGAGAGGCCCCGCGUGGUUUGUGUUCAAAAUCCCAGACGGAUUUCCUAGCGCGAUUGCCGCCCCUUUGCUGUGUGGUGGUGCAACAGUUUUCUCCCCCUUACUUCGAGGUGGUGCCGGCCCGGGGAAAUCUGUUGGCAUCAUUGGAAUUGGUGGCCUAGGACAUAUGGGGCUUCUUUUCGCCAAAGCUAUGAAAUGCGACAAGGUAGUUGCUAUCUCACGAACGAGCUCCAAGAAAUCAGAUGCAUUAAGCGGGUUGGGAGCUGACGCUUUCAUUGCCACUGAUGAAGAAAAGAACUGGGUUAAGGCACGCUCACGAACUCUUGACUUGAUUAUUUGCACCGUUUCGUCGGGCAAUAUGCCUAUUGAAAAGUAUCUUCGCUUGCUUAAGCGUGGUGGUGAAUUCAUCCAGGUUGGCGCGCCUGAAGAUCCUUUACCGGCAUUUAGAGUUGGAGUAAUGAUGGGGAAAGGGUUGAAGAUUGGUGCAUCCGCUAUCGGCUCUACGGGUGAAAUCAGAGCUAUGCUUAAGUUUGCGAAUGAACAAGGGAUCCAUCCAUGGGUACAGGAGCGGCCAAUGGGAGAUGUAAAGCAAGCGUUAACGGAUAUGCACGAGGGCAAGGCAAGGUAUAGAUAUGUGUUGGUUAAUAAGACUGAAGGGAAUACGAAGCUGUAG